GGAAACAUGGACGGAGGCGCCUCGUCAGUGUCCUUGAAUGUCUCACUAUCAGCCAAGAAACGCGGGGCGCGUGAGAGCCACGGUCCUCGCAUUGUUCGGUCACAAUGCGCCUGCUCGCGCGUCGACGGCUGCGCGUCGCGCCCCUUUGCGCCUCCACCUUUGCGCAAACUUGAGCCCAGGUGCUCGGAGCGUCGUCCGUUACGCACCGCGUCUCCGUCCGCCCCCCAGCCCCCCCCCCCCUCCGCUCCUCCUCCUGCAGCACCGCCAGCCGAGCUCUAACGGGACACUUUGGGCGCACCAGACCUCCGCUCGCUCCCGUCCAGCGCUGGUGCGUUUACGCGGACUUGGAUGAUGCGGAUGCGGGAGUCCCAGUGCUUCGUUUGCAACGAGGUGGCGACUGGAAACGGUCGCUGACUCCCUGAUUUGGCGCUGAAUGAACGGGGGGACUGCGAACCGACAGGGACUUCACACCGAGCGGAUUUUGAUGCGCAGAGACGAGCGCUGGGCUCCGGAGGACUCUCUCUCCAGACUGGGAUUACCCACUGAGCUCAUGUUGAAUCCUGAUACCCCACCAGAGUGCAGCGGAGCCCCGACGGCAGCACCGAGACCGACCCACGGUCCGACGCGUCAGCUGGAUCCCCGUGCGCUCCUCUGCUUCCUGGGCUUUUGAUCUGGCGUCUGGAAGCUGUGUUAUGAGGGUCGGUGGUGGGUUUACACAGGUCUUUGAAGGCUUCAGCAGAGCACACCGAAGCGCUGGCCGAGCCGUGAUCCGAAGGCUUCUCCCCUCGCCGUGACCUCAUCCGAGCUGCCCGGCGCGGCCUCCAGAUGCUGCCAUGCCCAUCAUCAGCAACGCCAACCAUGACUUCAGCAACCUCUCCGUCAGUGACGACAGCAGCCUCGACCGCAUCUUCACCGAGAUCCCGGAGACCGAAACCAUCAAGGGUGUGUACUACCAGAGGGCCCAGUUCAUCCGCCGCCCCGAGGACCUGCUGUCCGUCGACCACGGCGUGCUAGCCGUCAUCAACGUGGGCGGGAACCGCUACACCUUCCCCUGGAGCACGCUGGAGCAGUUCCCCCUCACGCGCCUGGGCCGGCUCUGCGGCUGCCGCUCGCCCGAGGACAUCGCUAGCGUGUGCGACGACUACGACGAGGCCCGCAGGGAGUUCUUCUUCGACCGCUCGCCCUCCGCCUUCAGGGUCAUCCUCAACUUCCUGGCGGCCGGGAAGCUGCGCCUGCUGCGGGAGAUGUGCGUGCUGGGCCUGCACGACGAGCUGGCCUACUGGGGCGUGGAGAUGGCCUACAUGGAGCGCUGCUGCAAGAGGAAGAUGUACACGCGCAUGGAGGAGGUGCACGAGCAGGAGCGCCGCGAGGAGGAGCGCCGGCAGCGGAACGCCAUGCAGUGGGUGCCGGUGGAGGAGACCCGGUACCGGAGGGCCAUCAACUGGCUGAGGGACAUGGUGGAGAACCCGCACUCGGGCCUGCCGGGGAAGAUCUUCGCCUGCAUGUCGGUCAUCAUGGUGGCGGUGACGGUGAUCAGCCUGUGCAUCAGCACCAUGCCGGACCUCCGAGAGGAGGAGAACAGGGGUGAAUGUUCCUCCAAGUGCUACAACAUGUUCAUCAUAGAGACCGUCUGCGUGGCCUGGUUCUCCCUGGAGUUCAUCCUGAGGUUCAUUCAGGCGCGCAGCAAGCUGGACUUCCUCCGCGGCCCGCUCAACAUCAUCGACGCCAUGGCCAUCCUGCCCUACUACGUCUCCUUGGUGGUGACGGAGGAGGACCCCAGCCAGGAGCACGAGAGGCCGGGGGGAGGUAAGGGCUACCUGGACAAGCUGGGCUUGGUGCUGAGGAUCCUGCGGGCGCUGAGGAUCCUCUACGUGAUGCGGCUGGCUCGCCACUCACUCGGCCUGCAGACGCUUGGCCUGACGGUCAGACGCAGCACCCGGGAGUUCGGCCUCCUGCUGCUCUUCCUCUGCGUGGCCGUCACCCUCUUCUCGCCGCUGGUCCACCUGGCCGAGAGCGAGCUCACGGGCACCCAUGACUUCAGCAGCAUCCCCGCUUCCUACUGGUGGGCCAUUAUCUCCAUGACGACCGUGGGCUACGGCGACAUGGUGCCCAGGUCCAUUCCGGGACAGGUCGUAGCGCUGAGCAGCAUCCUCAGUGGGAUUCUCAUCAUGGCCUUUCCCGCUACCUCCAUCUUCCACAUGUUCUCGCGCUCCUACCAGGAGCUCAAGAUGGAGCACGACCGGUUGUUCAAGGAGGAGUGCGCGGCCGCCGCCGCCGCCGCUGCCGCCUCGGGGGAGCUGCAGGAGGGCGGGGGCGAGGGAGCGGCGGAGGACUCAGCUCCAGCUGGACUGGGAAAGUGUGUGGAGAAAGAUAGUGUUCAUUCGCUGGAGUCUCUGGCUUUGCUGGGAAAAGGUGGCCAGGCUGCAGGAAAUAACAAUCACAGCCUUCCGGCAGCGGCGUUUUGAGGUCCUGACGCCUAUUUCUUGAAAGGCCACAUCCCCCACGCGGUUGUGAAGGCAUCUGUGAAGGACAAUAAACAAAUAGCUUUCCUUUUGCUCCGAGUGCAAACGGUCUCACUGUGGACUCCACAGAAACUGACUUGACAAAGACUUGAACCCUUUAAAUUGGAUGGUGCAGACUGUGUCUGACCACGAAGCCUCCGCAGCAAUAUUAUUAACUGGCUGCUUCCAUAAACAUGCAAUAUGCAAUCCAAAGUUGCUUUUCCUUCCACUGUGAAAACACUGAUAAGAUCAACAGCAACCUUUAGUUUUACUCUUACUACGGUUCAAUAUGUUGCCUACGGUAUGAUCUCAGUAUGCGUCUCAUACCAUAUCAUCUACUUUUCUGCCAUGAAAAGCAUCAUAAGUGCUCCUCUCUUAGUUUACUUUUAAGAAGCUUGAAGCCAUGUUAUGAGAAAACAUAUUAACAAAUGGUAGGUUUGGCUCGUAUAAGAUGUAUAUUAAUUAGUUCCUCAUGUAUGUUUGCAUAGUUGGACUCUAAGGCGUUGGGUUCGUUAUGAACUGUUUGACGAUGCUGCGGUUAUGGUUGUGUUCCAGUUCCAAUUUUUUUAAUCAACUGAUGAGAAAAUGAAGGAAGGAGAGAUCAAGAGUGUUUGAGGCUGUCUGUGCGAGCGAGAGAAAAUGAACGCUAACAACCAUGAAAUGUACUUAAAUGUACUUUGCAACGCUGCAAAUAAAAGCUCUUCCAGUAAUCUGGGAGAAAUCCA